AUGACGAUAACAUCCAAAUGGGGAUACAAAAGUCUGGAGGGGAAGUCUUCUACAAUAGCGUACCUCACAGGGCUUCCAAAUGAAAAGGUUUUCAAGUGGGUAGCGGAACUCUAUGAACCUGCAAAACAUUUGUGCCAGAAACUCGGUGCUCAUGAUCAGAUAUUGCUUGCCCUAAUGAGGCUUCGCCUUGACCUCCAUUUGUGUCUUCUUGCCCAAAUGUUUGACGUUGGCAAGACAACAGCCUCCGAGUUCUUUCAGCAUGUGAUAGGUGUGCUGGCGAAGGAGCUAAGUGGGUUGAUUGUGUGGCCCGAUGACACUGCCUUCUAUGCAUUCCUACCUCGCCUGUUCAAGAAGAGACAGUUCAAGAAUGUAAGAGUGAUUGUGGACUGCACCGAAGUACGUAUUGAAAGGGCCAGCAGUACUACGAUGCAGAGUGCAACAUGGUCCAGUUACAAGCAUGCCAAUACGAUGAAAUUUCUUAUUGGUAUCACACCAAAUGGGCUGAUAUCCUAUGUGUCCGAGUGCUGGGGAGGGAAAGUGAGCGGCAAGCAACUAGUUUUGCAAACUGAUUUCACGCAACAUCUUCAGUAUGGUGAUGCUGUAAUGGCUGAUAGAGGGUUCAAUGUUGCAGAGGAACUGGGUGCACUAGGAGUUCAGUUGGUCGUCCCUGCAUAUACAAAGGGCAAAACGCAGCUUAGUCGUACUGGGGUGUACACAUCUAGGGAGAUAUCUAGGCGACGAAUUGGAGUAGAGCAGGUGAUUUGCCGUAUGAAGCGGUACCGCAUUUUGAGAAAUGUUGUACCAUACCACCUGAAAGACUACUUGGAUGAUAUCAUCAGAAUCAUUGCAGCUCUGACAAAUCUCCUUCCGAAGUUUGCAUAA